GGGGCGGGCGGCGGGGCGCAGGCGCGGCCGCCUUGAGGGGAGCCGCUUCCCGGCUGCCUCAGCGGCCGGCUAAUGGCGGCGCCGUGACGGCUUUAAAUUGAAGAGAAAAUGUCACUUUAUGAUGAUUUGGGAGUUGAGACCAGCGAUUCCAAAACAGAAGGCUGGUCCAAAAAUUUCAAACUACUACAGUCUCAAUUGCAGGUGAAGAAGGCAGCUCUCACUCAAGCAAAGAGUCAGAGAACAAAACAAACAACAGUCCUUGCUCCAGUGAUUGACCUGAAACGAGGCAGCUCUUCUGAUGAGAGACAGAUUGUGGACACUCCACCUCAUGUAGCAGCUGGGUUAAAGGAUCCUGUACCAAGUGGUUUUUCUGCGGGAGAUGUAUUGAUUCCUUUGGCAGAUGAGUAUGAUCCUAUGUUUCCAAAUGAUUAUGAAAAAGUGGUAAAGCGUCAGAGAGAGGAACGACAGAGGCAGCGUGAGCUGGAGAGGCAAAAGGAGAUUGAAGAAAGAGAAAAAAGACGUAAAGACAGACAUGAAGCCAGUGGGUUUUCAAGAAGACCAGAUCCAGAUUCUGAUGAAGAUGAAGAUUAUGAAAGGGAGAGAAGAAAAAGAAGUAUGGGAGGGGCUGCUAUUGCACCACCCACUUCUCUUGUUGAGAAGGACAAAGAACCUGUAGCAUCAUUCCCAUUCGAAGAGGAGUCAAGACCUCGGGCACCAUCUUCUAAAGCAGCUAUUCCUCCUCCAGUGUAUGAUGAGCCAGACAGACCUCGUUCCCCCACGGGACCUAGCAACUCUUUCCUUGCUAACAUGGGAGGGACAGUAGCUCAUAAAAUCAUGCAGAAAUAUGGUUUCAGAGAGGGUCAGGGGCUGGGAAAGCAUGAACAGGGGCUGAGCACAGCACUGUCAGUAGAGAAAACAAGCAAGAGGGGUGGCAAGAUCAUUGUUGGCGAUGCUACAGAGAAAGAUGCAACCAAGAAAACGGAUUCUAACCCGUUGACUGAGAUACUGAAAUGCCCAACUAAAGUGGUGUUACUAAGGAACAUGGUAGGUGCUGGGGAGGUGGAUGAAGAUCUAGAAGUUGAAACAAAGGAAGAAUGUGAAAAAUACGGCAAGGUUGGGAAGUGUGUCAUCUUUGAGAUUCCUGGUGCCCCUGAUGAUGAAGCUGUAAGAAUAUUUUUAGAGUUUGAACGGGUUGAAUCUGCAAUUAAAGCUGUUGUGGAUCUAAAUGGAAGAUACUUCGGAGGCCGAGUGGUGAAGGCUUGUUUCUACAACCUGGACAAGUUCAGAGUACUGGAUCUGGCAGAGCAAGUUUGACUUUAAAAAUCUAGCUCGAGGUGUCUGUCACUGUUUUGGCAAUCAUGUUUUCAGCAGUAGGCUGGGAAUAAAGAAGAGAAAGCAGCUUUCCUAGCAAACUGGAAACAAGCCUCAUUGAAUGGAUUUUUCGCAUUCGUUGUGACUUCAUUUUUUUUGUAAUAUAAAGCCCUUUGAAAGUAAGAUUCACGUCUGUGUGUUUUUGAAUUGCACAAUUCUGCUUAUUGCUCUGGGAAUCCUGUUUUUUUGAGCUUUCAGAUGACUUCAUUCAUUUGAAAUCCCACUGCUGAGGAAAUGCUUUGUCUGUAUUCCUGCUUUCCUUGUUCUGGUGCUUCAUCACGGAGUCCCUGUGCUGCAUCCACAAUAAGUGGGAAGCUUUGGAAAAGGACUGUGUGCUAUCAUGCUUCUCUUUCCUGAUGAUAUCUCUGAGUUCCAGCCUUGCUCAUAAGUCCUCCGCCUCUGCACAUCAGAGUGGUUUGGGGUCGUUGGACAGUUGGCAGCUAGUUUGUUCUCUCCUGACUCCAGGACAAUACUUCCUAUGCCAGAAUGGAGAGUAGAGUAACAAGCAAUGAGUCUGUAUUUCUUCCCAAAUCCAAAGAAAAUACAUGUUUAACCCAGGGAAAUGGAAGGAGGAAGGAAUUUAAAAUACUUAACCAUUUGAAUUGGAAUGAGUGGACUGUUAGCAGAUGCUCCGUACUGUCAGGCAGUCUUUGCUAGAAGUAUCCAGAGUUAACUGUUGUUGAAAUGCUAUAGGUAGAACUGAAACUCAUUCUUGUACCUGGCCAGCUGUCAGAGUCUCACUUCCUCUGAUGUCAUGUGUAGGUAACUAAUUUUUGUAUAAUUGAUUCACGCCUCAAUAGGAAGCAGUGGAAGAAAAUUCUCAUAAAAUCCGAACAGUGGAAAAACUAAACUUCUAAACACUACAACUUUUCAAUCUGAUGUAAAAUAACACAUAGCAUUCUGCUCCAGGUUUUACGUUCGCUUUUUGUUUGGGAACAAUAUGCGACUAAGAGGUGGCUAGGCAAUGGUGGGGAUCGUCUCUGCUCCAUUGCAUCUAGAAUUGCCACUGAAAUUGUAUGGAUAUUAAAACAGAAGAGAGCUCCGAGGGCAUUUUAGCUGUUUGGAGGUUGAUGCUGGAUGUCUUUUUCCUGUUAUACACAUGUACUGGGGAGGGGAUAUAGACCUGUAGUUGAUCAAUGCUGUGAGUAUCUCCAGUUACUGCCCUUUUAUUAAGUUUUGGCUGCAGAUCCAUAUGGCAAACCCGUGGUCUUGUUUUCCGCUUACUUUGUCUGUGUUCCAACAACCUCUGUACAAACAUUUGCCUGUAAAACAGAAAACGAUUUUUAAAAAAAACUUGUAUUUUA